UCUGGUCUCCCCCCAGCUACGUUUAAUCCCGUUCCGCUUCCCGUUCCUCCACAGGAACGGCGGCGGUAGCUCAGCUGGUUAUCCCGCCCAGCAGCUCAACUCCAACAUGGGGGAAAUCAUCCUGCCACAGCGCCUGUUCCUCUGGUGCAUGGCAGUCAUCUACCUGUCUGCCUUUGUUUCGCUCUAUGUGCAGAUACCAGGUCUCUAUGGUAACGAUGGACUGUUGCCUGCCCGGUGGCAGCUGCGAUACAGCGGUAAAAGUCUGGGGGAACAGCUGCUGUCCCGUCCCACCCUAUUGUGGCUUGGACCUCGGCUUGGCCUGGACACGCACACUGCCAUGGAGCUGCUGUGUCUUAUUGGUGCUGCACUGAGUCUCGCCGCCUCUCUUGUAGAAGGUUUUAGAGACAGCGUGGUGUUUUUCUGCCUCUGGGCCUUAUACAUGUCCUUAUACCAGGUGGGGCAGGUAUUCCUCUACUUCCAGUGGGACAGCUUGCUUCUGGAGACAGGUUUCCUCUGUAUCCUCAUCGCCCCGCUCACAUUAAUCAGAGGGUCCCGAGGGGUCAGAGAGCACGACCGUGUGACCUUCUGGCUGGUCCGCUGGCUGCUCUUCAGGCUCAUGUUUGCCUCUGGUGUGGUAAAGCUCACGUCACGAUGUCCCACAUGGUGGGGUCUUACAGCUCUGACAUAUCACUAUGAAACCCAGUGUAUCCCCACACCGGCGGCCUGGUUUGCCCACCAGUUACCGGUUUGGUGGCAGAAAUUAAGUGUGAUGGGGACCUUCAUUAUAGAGAUUGCAGCACCUUUGCUUUUCUUCAGCCCACUGCGUAGACUCAGGCUGGGUGCCUUCUACUUACAGGUGCUGCUCCAGAUUCUCAUCAUACUAACUGGAAACUACAACUUCUUCAACCUGUUGACUCUGACCCUCUGUCUCUCACUUCUGGAUGACCAGCAUGUACACUUCUGGCUUCGCAAGACACAUAAGUCUAGCAGCAAUGUCCAGUCAGACUCCAGGCUGUGGUCGUGGCUGUGUUACCUAAUAGAGCUAGCAGUCUGGUCUCUCCUUAUCUUUGGAUCAAUUGUAAGCUUUGACUUGAAGCUGGGCACACCGAAAAACUUCAUUACCUCCAGAACAGCAUUCACAUACCACCAGUUCAAUCAGUUUCUGAAGACUGUCACCAUCCCCUGUGUCUGGAUCGGAGUUCUCUCCCUCACCUGGGAGAUGAUUACGUCCAUGUUCCGGUGUGCAUGUAUCUCUGGCUUCCUGAGGAGAUUUUUGGGAACUGUCCAGUGGACUUUGUUUGCUGCUGCAGCCGCUGCAAUGUUCACUGUUAGUCUGGUGCCAUUCACAUACAUAGAGUAUGACUCAAAUGCCAGGCUGUGGCCAGGCGUUCGUCAGGCCUAUGAGCUGGUGGAUCGCUAUCAGCUGGUCAACUCAUACGGCCUGUUUAGGAGGAUGACGGGAGUGGGAGGUCGGCCGGAGGUCGUCAUUGAGGGAAGCAAUGAUGGAGUCACAUGGACUGAGAUUGAGUUUAUGUACAAGCCAGGAAACCUUAGUGCACCUCCUCCUGUGGUGACUCCUCAUCAGCCCAGGCUGGACUGGCAAAUGUGGUUUGCUGCCCUUGGGAGUCACAUGCAGGCUCCAUGGUUCACCAGCCUCCUAUACAGACUUCUUCAGGGCAAAAGCGAUGUAAUUGAGUUGAUCCAGACCGACGUUUCUCAAUAUCCGUUCCACCACCAGGCUCCUACCUACCUCCGAGCACACCGCUACAGAUACUGGUUUACCGAACCAAAGGCUGAUGGGUCUUACCCACAGCGUUGGUGGAGGAGGGUCUAUGAUGAAGAAUUCUAUCCCAUAGUGCAACUGGGCAACACCUACCUGGAGAGCAUGCUUAACCAGUUUGGACUGAAGGACAAGUCCCCUCCUCGUUUAUCUAACACGGCAGUUGCCAAGGCGGUGAGGUGGAUUCGCUCCCAGGUCAGAGGUGUUCCUGCUCACACACUUAUCUGGACUCUGAUUGGCUGCAGUGCGACUCUCUGUCUACUCCAAGGAUUACAAAACAGGAACAAGAACCCAGAAAGGACCUCUUUUCCUCCUGAGUCAGCUGAUAGUGCUCACACAGACAAGGUCCCUGAUGGAUCUUCACCCAGCUGUGGGGAGUCAGAUGAACAGCAGGCAGAGGUGGAGGAAGAGGAGGAGAAUGGAGACAGAGAGGACAGUGAAGAUGAGGUUGAGGAGGAUGGAGAGGAGAAAGACUCUGCUGGUGAAGAAGAGGACGAUGAGAGAGAUGAAUAAGAAAAAAAUAUCUCUGAAUGAAAAAGUUUAAAAGGAUGCAGGUAAUCCUGUAGUAGACUGUUUUCACCAACUGCCUUCAUAAACUGUGUCAGAAAUUACCAAAGAGAGUGUUCUGUGUGUAAUUUUAUUACGGCCAAUAUGGAGAACAUUUAUUUUUAUUUGCCUUCACUUUACUGCUGUGCUUCGAUUGUGUAUAAUUUAUUUCAACACUUAAUACCAUUUUAUGCAGAAGUUCAACAGAAAUGUUACCAGGUGUUCGUUGAUUUUUAAUCUCAGGUCAAACACUUAAAACAUUAAGCCAGAAAAAAAAACAAAUAGAGACCAUAUCAGAUCUCCUGUGUUAGCUGGGUUCUCUGACUCAUCAAGAGAGUAUAUUUUUGUUGCUUCUCGGUUUAUAUUAAUACUGGUGUUGAUGUGUUUGUUGGGUUUUGUUUUUGUCACUGUGGUCUUUUCUCUUGGCUGUAUGUACAAAUCUAAAAAAAUCACCUUUUUUCACUAAAGUAUCUUUUUCCCUCCAUAUUUGAAAUGAAAUGUCACACAUCAGUACUUUUUAAACAUUUAUUACAUUAAAAUACAUUAGAAUGGA